AUGAUGCCUUUAAGACCAUCGAAGAGCGCCAUGCGCGCCCUGCAAUAUCAGAGGUAUAUGACCUCCAGCAGGAGAGUCUUCACCUCGGCGUCGAUGGCGGCCGCCAAUUCGCCCCACCGCUUCGCUACUCAGAAACGAAGCAAAAGCACCGCAACAGCCGCUGCUACGGAGUCCAGGCCCGUUCCCAGCCCGGCCUUCAACCAGGAACCUCACCGGAAUGAGGUCUCGCCGUUGCAAUCCCGCAAUGCUCCCGAGUUGGACGACUCAUUCGUCGGCCUGAGUGGCGGAGAGAUCUUCCACGAAAUGAUGCUGAGACUCGGCGUGAAGCAUGUCUUCGGUUACCCCGGUGGCGCUAUCCUUCCCGUGUUCGAUGCCAUUUACAACUCCAAACACUUUGACUUCGUCCUUCCCCGCCACGAGCAGGGCGCCGGCCACAUGGCGGAGGGUUACGCCCGCGCCUCGGGAUUGCCCGGUGUCGUCCUUGUGACCUCCGGCCCCGGUGCCACCAACGUGAUCACCCCGAUGCAAGAUGCCCUGUCCGAUGGUACCCCCAUGGUGGUCUUCUGCGGUCAGGUCCCCACCGGCCUGAUCGGUACCGAUUCCUUCCAGGAGGCCGACGUGAUCGGAAUCUCCCGCGCGUGCACCAAGUGGAAUGUCAUGGUCAAGUCCGUCGCCGAGCUCCCCCGCCGCAUCCAUGAGGCCUUCGAGAUCGCCACCUCUGGCCGCCCCGGCCCCGUGCUGGUCGAUCUGCCCAAGGAUGUCACCGCCGGCAUCCUCCGCAAGCCCAUCCCCAUGAACAGCACCAUCCCCUCCCUGCCGAGCGCAGCGACCCUGGCGGCUCGCGAGCUGGGCCAGAAGCAGCUCCAGGGCGCCAUCGACCGUGUCGCCCGCCUGGUGAACGUCUCCAAGAAGCCCAUCCUGUACGUGGGCCAAGGUCUGCUCGCCGGCCCCGGUGGCCCCGCGAUCCUGAAGGAACUGGCCGACAAGGCGUGCAUCCCCGUCACGACGACCCUGCAGGGUCUGGGUGGAUACGACGAACUCGACCCGAAGGCCUUGCACAUGCUCGGUAUGCACGGGUCCGCCUAUGCCAACAUGGCCAUGCAGGAGGCCGAUCUGAUCAUCGCCAUCGGUGCCCGGUUCGACGAUCGCGUGACGGGUAACAUCUCCAAGUUCGCCCCCCAGGCGAAGCUGGCCGCCUCCGAAGGCCGCGGUGGUAUCGUCCACUUCGAGAUCAUGCCCAAGAACAUCAACAAGGUCGUCCAGGCCAACGAGGCCGUGGAGGGCGAUUGCGCCGACAACAUCCGCCUCCUGCUCCCGCACGUCAAGGCCGUGCCCGAGCGUCCGGAGUGGUUUGACCAGAUCAACCACUGGAAGUCGCGCUUCCCCUUCUCCCUCUACGAUCCCCAGGACCCCAACGGCCCCAUCAAGCCCCAGUACCUGAUCGAGAAGCUCAGUGAGCUCACGGCGCACAUCAAGGACCGCACCGUGGUCUCGACCGGUGUCGGCCAGCAUCAGAUGUGGGCGGCCCAGCACUUCCGCUGGCGCCACCCCCGCACCAUGAUCACCUCCGGUGGUCUGGGUACGAUGGGCUACGGUCUCCCCGCCGCCAUCGGUGCCAAGGUGGCGCGCCCGGAGGCUCUGGUCAUCGACAUCGACGGUGACGCGUCCUUCAACAUGACCCUGACCGAGCUGUCGACGGCGGCCCAGUUCAACAUCGGCGUCAAGGUGCUGCUGCUGAACAACGAGGAGCAGGGCAUGGUGACGCAGUGGCAGAACCUGUUCUACGAAGACCGUUAUUCGCACACGCACCAGAAGAACCCCGAUUUCGUGCCCCUGGCCCAGUCCAUGGGUGUCCAGGCCGACCGCCUCACCAAGCCCUCCGAGAUCGAGGAGAAACUGAAGUGGCUGAUCGAGAGCGAUGGCCCGGCCCUGCUUGAGGUCUUCACGGACCGCAAGGUCCCCGUGCUGCCCAUGGUGCCCUCCGGCAGCGCUCUGCACGAGUUCCUCGUGUACGAUGAAGCCAAGGAGCAAGAGCGGAAAGCUCUGAUGAGGAGCCGCAAUGUGAAAUUUUAA